ACCUCCCGGGAACACGGCAGCUCGUCUUCCACCCGAGAAGAGCGGAGGAGCCCAGCAGCUCAUCAUUUCCCCACUUGGAAGCACAGCAGAAAACUAACCCCCCUCCCACUUCCGCCCACUGUCAUCAGCGCCAUUAAUUCCCACGCCUCGACCUCUGCUCUUCCCACCUCCUCCUGAAGGUUCAAGCCAUGGACGAGGACUUCGCGCGCGCGGUGGAGGACGGCCUCAAGCUCUCCAAGCGGCUCGUCCUCCCGGGCGGCGCGCCCCCGCCGCGCCCGCCCGCCGGUAUGGACCGCGCCGCUGCCUGGGACGCCGCGCCGUUGCUUCCCACGGCGCCCAUGGCGUACGCGGUCGUGACGGACCCCGGCACGGUCGACAGCCCCGACGUGCCCAGCUACCAGCCGCACGUCUACGGCCGACUCAACCCGCCUGCGCUCAUCCCGCUCCAGAUGCGGGAGAUCGACCUCCGGGUAGACUGCGUCGCGGGAUGCGCCACCGCCGAGGUCACCGUACGCGCGCGCUGGUGGCUGCACUGCAUCACGCGCAGCCGCGACUGCGACUGCCGCGUCGUCGUGCCCAUGGGCGAGCAGGGUUCACUGCUAGGUGCUGAGGUUACGGUUGGGAAAAGAUCGUACAAUACUCAUGUAAUUGAUGUAGAGGAUAACAGUGCUGUGAGCAUUGCGAAAACUGAGAGUGGUGCUCUCUUGAAGAGCCAGUUUUUUUCGCUAACAAUACCACAGGUUGUAGGAGGAGAAGACAUUUUUGCCACAAUUCGAUGGUCACAGAAGUUGCUGUAUGAUAAUGGACAGUUUUCUGUUGAUAUUCCUUUUCGGUUUCCACAAUAUGUGAACCCUCUGCCUAAAUUAUUCACGAAAAGGGAGAAAAUUCAGUUGACUGUGAAUAGUGGUGUGAGUAAAGAGGUUUUACUGCAGGGGACCAGCCAUCCCUUAAAGGAAAAGGGUAGGCAGGGUGAUAAAUUGUCUUUCUUGCAUGAAGCAAUCGUUGAGAGUUGGUCAAUCAAAGAUUUUACCUUUGCAUAUAGUGUUUACUCAGCUGACCUGUCUGGUGGAGUGCUUGUGCAGCCCUCAACAUUGCGUGACUAUGAUGACAGAGACAUGUUCUGCAUUUUUCUUUUACCUGGAAAUAAUCAGAAUAGGAAGGUCUUCAGAAAGGCAGUUGUGUUUAUUGUUGAUACCAGUGGAAGCAUGCAAGGAAAGCCUAUUGAGAAUGUUAAAAGCGCUGUUUCAACUGCUCUCUCUGAGCUCGUGCAAGGAGAUUACUUUAACAUAGUAACAUUUAAUGAUGAGCUUCAUUCGUUCUCGUCCUGUUUGGAGCAAGUUAAUGACAAAACAACAGAAAAUGCAAUCGAAUGGAUGAACUUACAUUUCGUUGCCCAGGGUGGCACUGACAUCAUGCAUCCUUUGAGCGAGGCAUUGGCUUUGCUGUCAAACUCUCACGACACUCUUCCACAAAUCUUUCUUGUGGCCGAUGGUUCAGUUGAGGAUGAACGGAACAUCUGCCGUACUGUGAAAACUCAGCUCACAAAUCGAGGACCCAUGUCUCCCCGGAUUUCUACAUUUGGACUAGGUUCUUAUUGUAACCACUAUUUCUUGCGGAUGUUGGCAUCAAUCGGGAAGGGACAUUAUGAUGCUGCAUUUGAUACAGGGUCAAUUGAGGGUCGAAUGCUCCAAUGGUUCCGUAAAGCUUCAAGCACAAUAGUGACAGAUAUUUCCAUUGAUGCCACAAAGGAUAUUCAAGAAUUUGAAGUGUAUUCUGAAUAUAUUCCAGACGUUUCAGCAAACUAUCCAUUGUUUGUAUCUGGAAGAUACAGAGGCAAGCUUCCCGAGACACUUUCAGCCAAGGGCUAUUUGGCUGACAAGAGUGAAAUAUCGAUUGAAUUGAAGGUCCAACAUAUAAAGGACAUACCUCUUGGCAAAGUGUUGGCAAAGCAACAGGUGGAUCUUCUCACAUCAAAAGCAUGGCUUUCAGAAAACAAGCAACUGGAGCAAAAGGUGGCUAAAUUAAGCAUACAAAAUAGCAUUCCUUCGGAGUACACACGAACAGUCCUACUUCAAACCAUCCUGGAAAAAGUAGAUCCAGCGCAACAGGGAAAGCAGAAACCAAAGAAACAUGGCAGCGCAGAUGAGUCAUCAGCGACACCGCUCAACGGCCUGACACUCGGUUUUGGCAACGUGGCGGCAACAAUGGAGAACCUGACCUCAGGAUUCGGGGACACAAAGGCACCAGAUAAAUUUGAAAUGUUCGGGAAGUCUGUAGGCGGCUGCUGCAGCCGCGUCGCGGAUUGCUGCUGCUGCAUGUGCUUCAUCAACGCGUGCAGCAAGAUGAAUGACCAGUGCGCCAUCGUCAUGGUGCAGCUCUGCGCUGCCCUCUCCUUCCUUGGCUGCUUCGAAUGCUGCUCGGAGCUGUGCUGCGGCGGCGGCGGAUCGGAUUGACCGCCGAAGAUUGGCAUGGCCGUAUGUUGUACAGCAAUGUGCAUAGCAAGUACGGAGUACAUCGCAAAAAAAGAAAAAAGGUGCAUAGUGUAACUGUACAGGAUGCUCCUCACGUACUUAUUACAUAGCUUGAUCGGAAGGCCUUUCUUGCACAAUAUUGGUCAGCAAUAAAACCAUCACAUAGACCGAUGUUGUAAUGCGAAUUUGUACACAAAAUUAUUGACGAUUUAUCCCACAAAAGGGUGGAGAGGGAAGAGCAUACAUCUCAGAAAUCGAUUGUGUA